AUGAGCCUCAAUGUCAUUGCAUUCAGUGAAAAUGCACCCGAGAUGCUUAAAACAAUCAGCCAUGCAGAGCCAAGUAUCUAUGAAUCCCCAAUGUUGUCCAUUGGGACGAAUGCAUUGUCACUUUUCGUGGAAUAUAGUGCCACAUCACUACACAAGGUACUAAGGUCUGCUGAUGUUUCUUCUUUGAACCCAGUCCUAGUUGGAUGCAGAUCAUCGGGCAAGCUAUUUUAUGCCAUUGCCCAUAAGGUGACUGGUACUGGUUGUCUAGUGGUUGAUCUUGAGCCAGUGAAGCCUUCUGAAUUUUCUACUGCUGUUGCAUGGGCUUUGCCGCAGUCUUACAUGCUUGCGGCGCCGGCAGUAUCAAAGAUCCAGUCAGUGCCAGGUGGGAGCAUGGAGGUCUUGUGCAAUACUUUGGUACAAGAAAUCUUUGACUUAGUGGGAUAUGAUAGAGUCAUGGCUUACAAGUUCCAUGAAGAUUAUCAUGGUGAGAUCAUUGCUGAGGUUAGAGAACCUGGUCUUGAACCAUUUAUUGGCCUACACUAUCCAGCCACUGAUAUCCCUCAAGCCGCCAGGAUUCUUUUCAUGAAGCACCAAGUUCAAAUGAUAUGUGACUGCUCUAUGAGGCCAGUGAAGAUUAUCAAAGACGAGGAACUCCCUUUUAAUGUUAGCUUGUGUGGUUCAACUCUUGGGGUGCCACAAAGUUGUCACCUUCAGUAUAUGAAGAACAUGAAAUCGGUUGCCUCUCUAGUAAUGGCUGUUGUGAUAAAUGAAAAUGGAGAAUAUUCUAAUGCCAAGCAUGAACAACCAACAGAAUGGAGGCGCCCGAGGAAGAAGCUAUGGGGCCUCAUUGUUUGCCAGCAUAUGAGCCCUAGACAUGUCCCCUUUUCGCUACUGGCAUGCAUGUUAAGUCAUAUGGAUUUCGAGAUGGGUGAACUUGUGUUACAAGACAUGCUGGAGGCCGCAAUAAGUGAAGUACGGUCAGCUUGUCAAGGAAAAGGGAUCAGAGUAUCUACCGACCUUGCAGAGAAAUUUCGCAAGCAAAGGCUUAAUAAUCCGAACUUAAUGCAGCUACUGCAGAAUGUCCUGUUCGACUUCCUAUUUGCUUCUGUGAAGUUCUGUCCCAUUGGAGGUUCCAUUGUAAUAUCUUGCAACCAGACUAUGAAAAUUGGAGAAAAUAUUAGUACCAUGGAUCUGGAACUUAGGAUCAAGCACACAAUGAUAGCACUCCCAGAGGAAAUGUUUUCACAAAUGUUAGGAGACAAUGAAGAGCAGUCAGAGGAGGACUUGACCCUUGGUAGGACUUGGAACCAGGAUCUUUUAGACAGCUGGAAAUACAAUUGGAACGCUGGGAAAUUCAGCUCUAAGAAAGCUUACAUUCUCCUUCAAGGCCCUCAGUAA